AUGAGUAAACGGCCAGUGAUAGAAUCAGAAAAGCCUGCUUGGCAUGACGAAGAUGACGACGGUCUGGUGGUGUCAGUGCCCAUAAAAGUGAAGAAAACAUUAAAAAUAGAACUAAAGAAAACCACAGACGAAGAACAUGGAGAACUAGAUUCAAAGGAGUACAUCGGAAGAUUGCAAGAGGCAUUCAAAAAGCGACAUGGAGGAACGCCAAAAUGGGCGGCUGCUUCAGCAGAUGAUGAAGAGGAAGGGUCUUUGUCGAAAACCGCAGCAGGAUAUUUGGCUAAAGAUGUCAAAUUGCCGAAGACAACAAUUCACACAAAUCUGCUAAAAGAUUUCAACAUCGGACAUCAAUGCAACCGAGACAUCACUUGUGUGAAAUUUCACAAAACUCGCCCAGUGUUGAUUGUUGGGGAUCAAGGUGGAAACAUUCAGCUAUUCAAAGUCAGCAAAGAAGUGAAAAAAGAUCGGUUCUUGCAAAGCGCCAGUUUUGCGAAAUUCCCCAUCGACUGUAUGGAAAUCGGGGGACAAGGGCAUACUGUCAUUUGUUCUUCCAGUCGCCAAGAAUAUUUGAUGGAGUACAAUAUGGAUACGAGAGAAGUAACGCAAUUAAAACCUCCAAACACUGUCCCCAAACAGGGAAUUCAUUUGUUCGCCGUUUCGCAUGAUUCUCAGUUUCUCGCGAUUGCUGGGCACAAUUCGCAUAUCUAUGUACUCCAUUCUGCCUCUAUGGAACAUAUCACCACUAUCUCUCUCCCCGCCAACGCCAGAUGCAUCAAAUUUUUCCCAUCUCAUAAUCGUGAAAUGUGGAUUAUUUGUGAAACUGGUCAAGUUGUGAUCGCCAAUAUUGGUUUGCAAGGAAGCAAAUCCACUCAGCAUUGCUUCACAGACGAUGGCGCUGUACAUGGAACUACCCUUGCAAUCAGUCAGCAUGGAGAUUACUUUGCCACGGGAAGCGACACAGGGAUCGUGAACGUCUACUCUGGUCAUUCUUGUCGCGAUUCUUCGACUCCUCAACCACUAUUCAAUGUUUCAAAUCUUGUCACCCAAGUUUCCUCGAUUGCAUUCAAUUCUGAUGCGCAGCUUAUGGCAAUUUGUUCGAAUGCGAAAGAAAAUCAUCUCCGUCUCGUCCACGUAGCGAGCCAAACAGUUUUUAAGAACUUCCCAGAAAGAAAUGGAAAGGUAUCAAAUGCGAAUUGUCUCGAUUUCUCACCAAGUGGAGGAUAUUUGGCUGUAGGAAACGACAGAGGCCGUCUUCAUGUUUUCAGUAUCCAUCAUUUCUCGGAUUACUGA